CACACCUUCACUCUCCUAGGAAAAUCUUUCUACCCUCGCUUUCCUCAAGAAUGGUUCCUUAUUAGUUAAGAUCUGAACUGAAGUCUUGCGAAGAUUAAGUAAGCUGAGAAAAACUUCUCGAAGAGGCCUGCGUUCAUGAUGAGUUUUGUAGGGCUUUUGAAAUUUGCUGUGAAAUGCCUUGAUAUUGUUGCAUGGCCUGUUUUUGGUUUGGGUUAUCCUUUAUGUGCUUCCAUUCUAGCGAUCGAGACUAAUUCAAACUCAGACACCCAGAAGCUGAUCACAUAUUGGGUAUCCAUUUCUGUGGUUUUGCUCUUUGAGCAUACCUUUCAGCUUCAGUGGCUAGCCUUCUGGCCAUACAUCAAGCUAAUGAUUGUCGGCUGCUUGGUUCUGCCUUACUUUCAUGGUUCCCUUUAUGUCUAUAAACACCUUGUUCUUCCAUGUCUAUCCAUGGGCCCUAGAAUUAUCGCCUGCCAGUUCAACAAACUGAAGUUAUUUUUCAAGAAAGAUGAUUUUCUUGUUGAGGUGAAGAGGUAUAUGAGGGAAAAUGGCUCUGAUGCUUUGGAGGAUCUCAUUGCUUCCACGAAAAAGAGUGCAAAGCCUAAUGUCGCUGUGAACGGGAUCAAGGCAGUUGCAGCAGAGGAUUGGCCAAAGUCCGAACAACCAAAACUUCCAGUUCAAUAUAAAGACAGUAAUGCUGUCAAGAUAACAGAGAAGAUAGAAGUUGCAUCAACCAAGCAGCUUAAGUUGGAACAACCUAAACUUCCAGUUCGACUUGAAGACAGUAACGCUGUGGAAGUAACAGAGAAAAAAGAAGUAAAAGAAGUUGCAUCAACUGCGCAGCUGAAGUUUGAACAGCCUAAACUUCCAGUUCUAUUCAAAGACAGUAAUGCUGCGGAAAUAACAGAGAAAAGGGAAGUCACAUCAACCAAGCAGGUUAGACAAGUAGAAUCUAACAUCAGUCAGACAGAAAACAGUACAUUUCCACCUGUGGAGUUCAUAAACACAAUUAAAACAACAGAAGUAGGCAGAGAUCUUUGCGAGAUACUACCUCCCGAGAAAGUCCUAAAUGUAUGGACUUGUGCUAUAUGUCAAAUGACAGUCCAAAGUGAGACAGUUCUUAAUUCACACCUCCAAGGGAACCGACACAAGGCUGCUUGUGAACGGCUAAAAUUCAAGAAUCAGAUACCAAAAAGCGAGGUUCCCCCUGUUUCAGAGGGAAAGAAAUUUAAUGUUACCACAGCAACCACAGGGAUUGAUGUUACUUGUGUUGUAUGUCAGUUAACACUUAAAAAUCAGAUAGAUCUUAGCUCACAUCUUCAAGGAAAAAGACACAAGAAAGCUUGUGAGCUGCUGAACUCCAAGAACCAGUCAUCAAACAGCAAUGUUUCCCCUGCUUCAGCGGGAAAGAACGCUAAUUUUCCUGAAAGCAAGCCAGAGAAGUGUACAGUCAACAAUAGUACUCCACCUGAAAAUAGAAUACAUGAAGCGAAGAAGCUAGAGAACCUGAUGAAGAGCCGAUUUGUAGAGAUUAGAGAUUCUAAGUGGUGGUGUACAAUCUGCAAUAUAAGUUGCACCGGUGAAGGAAACAUGCGAAGUCAUCUUAAUGCAAAGAAGCACUUGGCUAGGAUGCGAGCAUUGGAUGGUCCUGGAAGCGGUGUCCAUGCCUGAGGCACUAAAUAUGCUCAUACCAUUAUUGCAGAAGACGCUCUAAUCUGGAGGUCAAGGUGGCUGUGAGCAUCCAAGGUACCUGUAGAUUAAUUAAUCACUUAGAUCUUAGCCCCCAAUUACUUUCUGUAUUCCUGAAUCCAUCUUUUGGUUUCUAGUUACACAAGUUAACUUUUCAA